AUUAGGAAAGAAAUCCCCAGACCUAAACCCGCUGCCAUUAAAUACCUUCCUUUAAUCUCUGAUCGUCUCCAAAGAAUACCUAAAUUCUCUCUGUAGAAUCUACAUUACUCUCUCUCGCUUCUUCAAUUUCCUUUCGCCGAUCGAUCGCGUUUUCUCUUGUUGUUGAAUCGAUUAAGUUGCGCGAUGAGGAGGAUUCUGCUGAAGACUUGUGAUAACCAGAUUUACGAAGUGGAGGAGGCGAUCGCGAAGCAAUCCGGAGUGAUUCGUAACUUUCUGGAAGAUUUCGAUGGCGAUUGCGUCGAGAUUCCGCUGCUGAAAGUGAACGAACGAAUGCUGAAGGUGGUAAUGGAGUGGUGCGCGAUGCACGCCGGGGAGGAAUUGGAGGAGAAGGAACUCCAAGAUUGGGAGAGCAAGUUCGUGGCGAUGGACGAUCUUGAUUUUCUUUACGAGGUACUGAUGGCGGCGAAUUACCUAGAAGUGGUGGAUUUGGUCCAUCGCCUUUGCAAGAAAGUUGCCGACAUCAUCGCCGGAAAGCAGCCGGAGGAAAUUCGGAAGAUCUUUAACAUUGAGAAUGAUUUCACGCCGGAAGAGGAGGCGGAGCUCCGGAAGCGGAAUGCUUGGACUCUGGAUCCCAAAAACAAGUAGUAUCUUAUUCUUGCUGCAUUUGCUUCUGAAUUCUGAUGGAAUUCUUUUUUCUUUCUUUAAUUUCUUUUCUUCUUGAUCUUCAUGAGUUAGGAGAUGGAAUUCUUUAGUAGAUUUUUUAUUUUAGUGAUUUUUCUAACUCUAGUCGAUGAUGUCAAAAUUUCAAUACUGAUGGAAUAUUCUAAUAUGUUACGACACUAAAUCUUAGA